AUGUCCCAAAGCAGACAAGAAGAGGAAGAGUCGGAAGCGGAGGAGGAAUGCCACCUGGAAACCCAAGAGGAGGAGAAAGCACUGGAAGCCCAUGGAGAAGAGUCCAUUUCUGGUGCGUUGGCCAGUCCUGCCCAGGAUUCGAACGCAGAGCAGGCACCGAAGCAAGAGAGCUGGCUCUGGAACUGGUUCCCUUUCCCUCUCCUCUCUGGACUGACCUGGCUGGGAGACAGGAGUAAGCUUCCUCAGGAGCCGGUCUGCUGCCAGCUAGAGAGAAAGAAGGCCUCCUCCGGCCGGAUGUGUCCCGAGUGCGAGGUCACCUUCUGCAAAAAGUGCCAGACGCUGCAUUACAGCCAGGGCUUCAUCAAACACGGACUCUUGGGCCACCGGGCAGACAUCCAGCCGGAGCUUUUCAGCCCAGCGGUCAGCGCAGCUCUGCCAAGGCGACUGGAGAGUUGCGUCUACCCAAAGUCAGGCAUCGGGAGCCAUUCUGCGCACCUCUUGUUCCAUAGAGGCAACAUCGCCUGCUGGACAGUAAUCCGAGAUCCUGAGACGGAAGUUCAAGUCGAUGGCCAGGCUUAG